UUACAAGCCCUGCGAAGAUGGCGACGUCAGGGAGGAGUGCAUUAUUAUCCUCCACCUCAACUGGACCUAAGAGCACACUGGAGAACUCCAACCCAGAGGAGGAUGAUGGACAGAACUUAUGGUCCACCAUCCUGAGUGAAGUGUCUACCCAUUCAAGAUCUAAGCUACCGUCUGGGAAAAAUGUCCUGGUCAUGGGUGAGGUUGGCUCGGGGAAGACCACCUUGGUUGCAAAACUACAGGGGGUUGAAGAGUACAUGAAAGGGCGUGGCUUGGAAUACCUUUACUUCAGUGUCCAUGAUGACGACAUUGACGACCACACUAGGUGUAAUGCCUGGGUGUUAGAUGGAGACCUUUACCACAAAGGUCUGCAGGGAGUGGCUGUGCCCGUGGACUCGAUCAGCAACACGUUGCUGCUGAUAACGGUUGACAUGUCGCGACCGUGGAACGCCCUGGACUCCCUCCAGAAGUGGGCUGCCGUCGCUAGGGAACACAUCGACAAACUCCGGGUCGCCCCGGAAACGCUGCGGGAGCUGGAGCACAGACUUGUCAAACAGUUCCAGGAGUACACAGAGCCAGGCAGUGGGGAGGAUGGCACCCCACAGAGGAGGAGUGAAGAGGAGGAGAGCGUGCUGCUGCCUUUAGGAGACAACACACUCACACACAACCUGGGCAUACCAGUUGUGGUGGUCUGCACCAAGUGUGACGCCAUCAGCACAUUGGAAAAGGAGCACGACUACAGAGACGAACACCUGGACUUCAUCCAGUCCCACAUCAGGCGUUUCUGUCUGCAGUACGGUGCAUCUCUGGUUUACACGUCAGUGAAGGAGAUGAAGAACCUGGACAUCCUCUACAAAUAUCUGGUCCACAGACUCUACGGCUUUCCCUUCCACUGCCCCGCACAAGUGGUGGAAAGAGACGCUGUCUUCAUUCCAUCAGGUUGGGACAAUGAGAAAAAGAUCGCCAUACUUCAUGAGAACUUCCAGACAGUAAAAACAGACGACAGCUUUGAGGACGUAGUAGUCAAACCACCAGUCAGAAAGAUUGUACAUGAAAAGGAGAUUCAGGCAGAAGAUGACCAAGUGUUUCUGGUAAAACUGCAGUCGCUGCUCGCCAAACAGCCCGCUGUGACAGCAGGGCGACCUGUGGACACCACUAGCAGAGCACCCACCGGUUCCCCCAGGACGAGUAAUCGCUCCGCAGCGGCCAACGUAGCGAACACCAUGCCACAGUCGGGUCAGACCAAUGAAGGUGUGUUGGCCAACUUCUUUAACAGUCUACUGACAAAGAAGGCGGGGACAGGGGGGCCCGGGACGCCAGGUGGUGGUAACAACACUCCAGGAACCGUACGCAAGUCAGACAUGAACAUAACACAUGGUUCCAAGCUGGGCCUGAGCGACGUACAGGCGGAACUGGACCGCAUAUCCAGCCGGGAGACUGACUCGGAUUUGCCCAAUGCCAACGAGACCCCUGCCACCGACGGCCAGGACACAUGAACACC